CAACACUUGGCGCCGCCGGUCACGCGCUUUGCUCGCCCACUUCACCUGUCAUCAUCCCUCAGUCAUUCCGAGCCGCGACACCGACCUCACCUCGUCGGCGCCCCUCCAGCCCCAUCGAACCCAGCGCUGCGUUCCUGCACCCGCGUGCUAGCCGUCGCUGCCGGUCGCUCUAUUGUAUCCCGCCGUCUCCUCCCUUGUCGCGCUCCGCGCUGCGCUGUGCUGCCGCGCUGCGAAUCGCGAUCCUGCCGUGGUCUGACGCUGAUCCGAUCCCGCCGACCCCAUCUCCGCCCGAGCCUGAGGUGUCUUGGGGGCCCAUUUUGCAUGGCGCGCUGAGCCGUCGAUACGUCACCUUCGCCAGCCGCAGCCGACCUCGCCGUCUUGGCCAUCGCCGUUGCCUUCGUUGCGCAACGCUCGUUGCACGCGCAUCCCGCCCCCUCGGCGCUCCUCGACGGGUCAUCGGUCCCGCCCUCUCUCCUCUCCGCGUCCACGUCUACGCGCUCAGUCUGCGACCGCAGACUCGGAGGCAAAGGUGGCGGCGUUCACCGUCCUCAGCCACAACGAGACAUCGACGUCCGAACUUUCCCUCAAGCAGCAUCUCGAACUCGCCCCCGACCUGGUCGCCUAUAGUCAGCUCGCCACGGAGGGGGACUCCGAGCCGUUGAUGAUGGCACAGCCGGUGCCUCAUCAGGCGACGGAUAAGAGGCGCGUCAAGGUCUACGAGCUGCGCAACAAUGACUGGUUUGACCGCGGCACCGGCUUCUGCACCGCGGCUUGGGUGUCGACCGAGGAUGGCCGCAAGGAACCGCGCGUCAUUGUCGAAUCCGAGGAUCAACCCGAGCGCAUCCUAUUAGAGACUAAGAUUCUCAAGGAAGAUGGUUUCCAGAAGCAGCAAGAGACCCUCAUCGUCUGGCAGGAGCCCACCAGCGGCGUUGACAUGGCCCUCAGCUUUCAAGAAGCUGACGGCUGCGCAAUGAUAUGGCGAUUUGUGAGCAACAUUCAACAUGCUUUGCAGAACAAUGGCACCAUAGUCGAUGACCUGUCGGACGAUCUCGCCAUGGAAGCUGGAGCAGCCAUCAGUCUCCCGGCCGCCGAGCUUGGAAACCUGGGCGAGAUUGAAACGGCGAUGCGCAUGAUGGCCACCUCACCUACAGGUCGCGACGGCCUCGCCAAGGCCAUCAUGGCUGAAGACUACAUCGGCAAGCUCAUCCCACUUGUCGAGAUGGCGGAAGACCUCGAAAGCCUACCUGAUCUGCACCGACUAUGCAACAUCAUGAAGACGAUUCUUCUCCUCAACGACACAACCAUCAUUGAGCACGCCGUCUCGGAUGACUGCGUUCUCGGCGUUGUCGGCGCUCUCGAGUACGACCCAGACUUUCCAAGCCACAAGGCUAACCACCGUCACUGGCUCGACAAUCAGGGUCGCUUCAAGGAGGUCGUACCCAUCGAAGACGACCAGACACGCCAGAAGAUCCACCAGACGUACCGACUGCAGUACUUGAAGGACGUGGUGCUGGCCCGCAUCCUCGAUGAUCCCACAUUCUCGGUCAUGAACUCGUUGAUUUUCUUCAACCAGGUCGACAUUGUUCAGCAUCUGCAGUCUAACUCUGCGUUCCUGGGAGAGCUGUUUGGCAUCUUCAAUGCCCGUCGUCGCGAUUCGAAGAAGCGGAAAGAGGCUGUACUGUUUAUUCAGCAGUGCUGUGCCAUAGCUAAGAACAUCCAACCGCCUGCCCGACAGACCCUGUAUAACAACUUCCUCGCUCACGGCCUGCUCCAGGUCAUUCAUUUCGGCCUGAGACAUAGCGAUGUCGCGGUCCGCGUGGGAGCCACGGAUAUCAUGAUCUCGAUCAUCGACCACGAUCCGCACAUGAUCCGCCAGACGAUUUACCGACAGACGAAUGAUAACCAGCCGUCACUGACGGACUCUCUCAUCGACCUCUUGCUUGUUGAGGUUGAUUUGGGUGUCAAAUCGCAAAUCUCCGAAGCGCUCAAGGUGCUUCUCGACCAAGGCAUGCCGCCGCAAGGCCCGGAGCAAUUCGCCAAGGUCAACGGCGAAUACGUGGGACGGGCGCGUCCGCAGGCGACGCUGGACCCGCAGCAGGAGCACUUCCUGACCCGGUUUUACGAACGCUCCGCGUUGAAGCUGUUCAAGCCCUUGCUCGACCUCCAAGAGCGGAGUGACAUGAACUUUUCUGUGCAGCAGGCCUCCAUGUUCACCUACCUCGUGGAGAUUCUGUGCUUCUUUGUGCGGCAACAUCACCGAUUUAGCAAGCAUUUUGUCCUGAACAAUAACCUGGCAGAGCGAAUUUGCCAACUGCUGCAGAGUCCCGAGAAGUAUUUGCGGCUUGUCUCGGUCAGGUUCAUCCGGUACCUGGUCGGACUCCAGGACGAAUUUUACACAAAGCAUCUAACGGAGAAGAGAGUGUUUGGCCCUAUUUUGGAUGUGCUCAUUGAUACCCUGCCGAGAGACAACUUGGUCAGCUCUUCGUCCCUGGAGCUAUUCGAGCACAUCAAGAAGGAGAACCUCAAGGAGCUGGUGAAACAUUUGGUCAUCAACUACCGCGAGCGGCUAGUCAGCCUCAGUUACCUGGUCACGUUCCGCGACCUGGUGUUGCGCUACGACCAAACACAGGGCUUCACGGCCAACAUGGACUACUACCUAGAGAGCGAGGAGGACAUCACCAGGAAACCACCCCCGAAUGCGAGGCUCUUGGAGCACGUGUCCAUUGAGGCGGCCGAGGAUGAGUACUGGAACACCUCGGACCCGGAAGACGAGGAGGAAGAGCACCACGGGGAAGAGUCCGUGAAGACCCUGCCGUCGAACGGCCCCGUGACUCCCUCCAAACCGUUGGUCGAUUACCCAUCCGAUGAAGACAGCGACGAGACUGGCAAUGCCGAAGAUGGUGAGAAGUCCACUGAAGCCCCAGACGCGAGCGCGCCGGCCGAAACCGUUUCGCCGACUCAAGAGCCCGAGGCUCCUGCUUUGGUAGCUCCGCCGGAGCGACUAUCCGAAAAGCGCCGCCGCGAAGAGGACGAAGAGGACGAGCUUGGCAAGCUGAUGCAGAACAAGCGACGCAGUAGCGGCUCAUCUGAGCCCAAUUCCAGCGCGUCGCCGAGGGGCAGCUCUCGGCGCAACAGCUUCAGCCCCAACAGCGGCAACGGUGGCUCCAAGAAGAUUUCCAUCAGCCUCUCCACGGCAUUGAAGACAGGCGGCGAUUCACGCUCGGGCGACGACUCCUAGUGCUCGUGGGGGCAGCAAGCUGGCUUUCACUUAGUUUGGCGACGGCGUACGGUGCAUCAUCAUCAACGGGACUUGGUUUUUCUCGAGGUAUUGGGGCUUUGGGUGAUGUGAGUGAGAGCUCGACACAACACGGCAACGUCGAUGCAUGUUUCCAGGAAUGAACGAGGAAAGGGGUGGUUCAAGUACCCUGUGCCCGAGGCGGCAAGGAAAGCGCGCUGGGUCUUCCUGCAUGGGGAGAGGGACGGCGUUCCGUGCGUGAGAUUACCCCACCCCCGGGGGGGUGUUGAUUCUUUCCGACCGCAGCAUUUCUUGGGGAUCCUAGCCGGGGCGUGGGGAUGGGCGGUGGAAGAAUUCUUACAGAGAGGCUGCUGCGCGGCGGGACACAGUCGUGGAGAUAGACAGACACGCAGAGAGAGAUGGCGGACAUCGACCGGGAAAGGGGGGGCAUGGCUCGCCGCAUGGCAAAGGGUAGACUGUGAUGACACACGAGACUGCUGCUAGGGGAGGGACGGGGACUCGGAUGGAGUGGCAGGCGGGCCUUAUCCGAGGGGAGGUUGGGGGUUUGGAAGUUUCGAGGUUGGGCUGCUGCUGCGGCUGCCUGCCAGCCUGCUUGCCUGCCCCUGGGUGGUGGUGUAUCAUAUGUAUGUAAUUGAGUCCGUUCCUGUGCGGACGAGCGGACAUACUGGGCGUGUACGUCGCGGGGGGAGGCUUUUGUGAUCCCCUGGCGGUACCGGGCCUCACGAAACGGGGCGAGAAUGGACUUGCCUUGCAGCGAUGACAAGCCAUUGAGGGUCUUUGUGUGCUCCCCGUGGCUGUGUCUAUAAUGAGCUGUUUGUCUGCUUGGGCGCCAGCAUUAUGCCUGAUGAUGCGCCUUCAUCUACAGACUCUUCGCUCUAUUCGUUAUAUUUUACAUCCGCCUCUCAAACUGCAUCCUCC